CCCCGAGCCGACCAGACCUCCCUCGCGCGCGCGACGCCGACCGCCACCCGGAGCCGGCGAGAGCCGCCGUGCGUCGUCCCGUGCGAGAGAUCGCCCGCCCCUCGGGCAGACCCCGGCCCGCGUGCGCCGUCGCGUGGCGCUCGCCUGCCCGCCCCCGUGCCGCCCCCGGCCGUGCUCGUUGACGUGUCCUGCCGACUCCGCUGCGCUCGCUGCUGCAGCCAUGGGUACUGCGCGGGGACUGCAACGACGACUGCUUUACAUAGGACCCUCGUAACUCAUCAAGGACUACCACUGUCUCCCUCCAACUCGCGUGCUGCCGCACCCCUUCUCUCUCUCUCUCUCUCUCUCUUCCUCUCUCCUGCUCUCUUUGUUCCACCUCCGCUUCCCUCUCUGUUCCUCUCUAUAACAACCACCACAACCCCCCAUCAACCGCAGUGCCCCCGUUAGCGGAGCAGAAAAGUGCAGCGGCUUUUGUGCAUUGUGAACGAAGACCAGUGAGUGUGCGUUCGUGCACCUGUGUUCGUGCGUGUGUGUGUGUGUGUGUGUGUGUGAGCGAGUGCCAAGCGAGGAUACGCCCCCCAGGAUGCCACCCGUGACGUGAGCAGAGGAGGCGCCCGUCAGGCCGGCAGCAGGAUCAGGAUGGAGGCGGCGGGCCUCACGUGGCUGGCCGUACUGCUGCUUUUACAAGGCUGCCUCUGCCUCAAGAUGGUCGAGGUGAAGAUCCCGCCGCACACGAUCCGAACGCACCCGGUGACGCUCGAGUGCAACUACGACCUGCAGGGAGAGGCCUUGUACUCUGUGAAGUGGUACAAGGACGGCCGUGAGUUCUACCGAUACGUGCCUGGCGACCUGCCCAACGCGCAGGUGUUCGACCUGGCUGGCGUCUACGUGGACAUGAUCAAGUCCAACGACCGCCAGGUGUCGCUCUCUCAGGUGGACCUCACGUCCAGCGGGCGGUACCGCUGUGAGGUGUCCGCCGAGGGACCUGCCUUCCAGACCGUGUCGGACCACGGCAACAUGCAAGUAGUGGUACUGCCCAAGGACGGGCCGCACAUCACGGGCGGCAAGCCCAAGUACCGCGUGGACGAGGACGUGGACGUCCUGUGUUCGGUGAACCGGUCCAAGCCCGCGGCCAGCCUCCUCUGGUUCAUCAACGGCGAGGUGGCCGACGACAAACUGCUCCGGGGGCCGUACAAGUCCGUGUCGGCGCCCGACGGCCUGGAAAACGCCAUCCUGGGCCUGCACUUUAAGGUCGACCACGACGACCACGACGACCCGCGGCCAGGGGCAGCGUCCCGCCGCCCCCUCUUCGUCGUCGGCCACCUCGACCGGCGCCCGGGGCGCCCGCCGUCCUCCGGCGUGACUCGGUGCUCCCAAGUGCUUGAGAACACUAGCGGAACGAGGACGCUGAAUCUCCCCGCCAACUACAUAUCCCUCGUCAUAUCGUGCAACCCAGACGUGCUCAGCUCUGCUGUUUAAAAAAAACUGCUCAUACGACUGCCGUUGGGACCGGCGUCGUUUUUCCUUGUCUUAUUUUGCGAACGUUUUCCCGUUUAAGAAGGAGAAAAAAUAAAGAACAUGGUGAUACCUUAA